AUGACAAAGUGCUCGCCAGGAGGAACCCCUCCCGACGAGCUGGUACAUAUACCAGCUCGUCAGAAGGGGUUCCUUCCGACGAGCUGCUCGUCGGAAGGAACCCCUUCUGACGAGCUGGUAUAUGUACCAGCUCGUCGGGAGGGGUUCCUCCCGGCGAGCCUGGGCAUCCAAGGAAACGGCUCCGGACACGUCGCGUCAGGCGUCCUCACCCAAAAGCUUACGGAGGAGGAUGUGCAAGCCAGAGGAAGGGGGGUGGAUCUGUUGGGGUCGGGGGGUCAAGGGGGAGGCAGCAUGGGCUACCUAGAGGGGGAAAGAAGAGAAGAGAAACUUUCUGUUAUUAGGGGGAUGUGGAGAGGUGAUGUGUGUGGGCAGACGCGUAAGAGAUGGUGA